AGCUGUCUGUUUAAAGAGUGCGGAUAAUCGGGCAUGCGCUUGCGAAAACUCGCGUUGUGAAUACAUUUGAGCUUACAAGUUUUUUUAUUUACUUAAAGUUACAGUAACUGAGCAAAUAAUAAUAUUUUGUAGUUUAGAUAAAUUCAAAUGGAAGUAAAACCAAAAAGUCCUUUUUUGUAAAUUUAUUUUUCAUACUUUUUUAACUUGCAUAUGAUUCAAAGUGGAAAAUAAGAAUGUAUAAAACUAUAUUUAUAUGUUUUGCCAUCAUGGUACCAAGUGUUUUAGCAUUUUCAAAAAUAAUAGUACUAGGAGGCCUAUUCCCUGAGGAUGAUCUGACUCAGAAGGCAUUCAUAGAGUCGAUAAACGCAAUAAAUAGAAUGAGAAUUGAAACUGAAGAAUUUUCGGAUACUUAUUUCAAACCUGAAGUGAUCACAAUCACUGAUGAUGUAUUUGAAGUAUCUCAAGGAGUCUGUACGCUCGUUGGUGAAGGAAUUGCGGCCCUGUUUGGCCCCCAUGAUAAGGUAUCAUCGAGUCACGUUCAAAGUAUGUGUGACACUAUGGAUUUACCAAACAUUGUAGCGCGAUGGGAUUCAGAACUCGUUCGUAUGAAGUCUAUCAAUUUUUAUCCGCAUUCCGAAACACUUUCACUGAUUUACCUGUAUAUGGUAACGGAGUUCAAGUGGGAAAAAUUCACAAUAUUGUAUGACAGUACAGAAGCGCUUCUUCGUAUGAGCAAUUUAUUGCAAAGAUGGGACACAAAGGGUUAUCCAGUGACCCUGCGUUAUUUGGGCAAGGGGCCGGACUAUCGGAGUAUUUUAAAAAAAGUCAAAAAUUCCUACGAAGAGAACAUCAUUAUCGACUGCUCCUACGAUAUCCUCGAGGAAGUUUUGCAGCAAUCCCAACAAGUUGGAAUUCUGUCUGAUCGUCACAAAAUAAUCAUAACGUCAUUGGAUCUGCAGACAUUAGAUCUGGACCCGUACAGUCACUCAGGCUCCAACAUAACCGGAAUACGUCUUCUUGAUCCAGAGGAUCCCGAUUCAUUGUCGAUAUUUAACGGAUAUUUGGGUGAAAUGGGACUUGAGGAUUUGUCGAAAAUGAGAACCGACUGGGCAUUGAUGUUCGACGCGAUCCAGUUGUUUUCCCGGGCAUUCAAACAGCUCGAAGAAGCCGUCGAAGGUGACGUGAAAGCAUUAGCUUGUGACGCGCUCGACAACUGGGAACACGGAGCUUCACUGAGCAAUUUCAUUCGCUCUACUGAAAUGAAAGGACUAACAGGUCUUAUUAAAUUCCAUACCAAUGGAUUCCGCAGUGAUUUUAAGCUUAAUAUUGUGAGACUCACUCCAGAUGGUUUGAAAACAAUUGGAAAUUGGAAUAGCACGAAUAGCAUAGAGUGGAUUCCAGAACCACCACCGGUAUUAGAUGGCGACGUAGACUUAGCUAAUCAAACCUUUACUGUUGUAAUAUCAUUGCUCAAUCCCUUCAACAUGUUGACUGAAUCGACGACUACUAAAACGGGUAAUGAUCGUUAUGAAGGGUUUGCAAUAGAUAUAAUACACGAAUUAAGUCAAAUUCUGCAUUUCAAUUAUACCUUUGUUGAACAAGUUGACAAAGUUACUGGUUCUCUUAAUGAGAAAACGGGCAAAUGGUCCGGAAUGCUUGGAAAAAUUAUCGAUGGGGAAGCAGAUCUCGCUAUCACAGAUUUGACAAUACUCUCAGAUCGGGAAAAAGUCGUUGACUUCACGAUGCCUUUUAUGCAUCUGGGAAUAAGUAUUUUGUACAAGAAACCGGGAAAAGCAGCGCCUAGUUUAUUUUCAUUUAUGUCACCGUUAUCAAUAUCAGUAUGGCUUUGUUUAUUCGGAGCGCUGUUUUUAACAUCAUUAUUAUUAUUUGUAAUUGGACGGGUAAGUCCCGCCGAAUGGACUAAUCCGUAUCCGUGCAUUGAAAAUCCAGAAGAGCUAGAGAAUCAGUUUACGUUCUCGAACUGUAUUUGGUUCACUAUUGGAAGUAUUAUGCAACAAGGUUCGGAAAUCGCUCCAAUUGGAGUAUCAACGCGAAUACUUGCAACAGCCUGGUGGUUCUUCUGCAUGUUAAUGACAACGUCAUAUACGGCUAAUUUAGCGGCCUUUCUCACGAUUGAAACCAUUGUGAGACCUAUUAAAUCUGCUGAAGACCUUGCUAAUUUGAACGGCAAAAUCCCAUACGGCGCAAAACGUGAUGGCUCGACCUUCAAAUUUUUUGAGAAUUUGGUUCAUCUAAAGGGUUCCAAUUAUUCGACGUACGUAAAGAUGUAUGAGUACAUGAGAGAUCAUCCUGAAGUAUUGACACAGGACAACGAAGAAGGUAGACUACGUGCUUUAAAUGAGGACUACGCUUUUCUCAUGGAGUCUAGUAGUAUCGACUAUAUUGCCCAGAGGGACUGCAAUUUGACGCAAAUUGGCGGGUUACUGGACAACAAGGGCUACGGAAUCGCAAUGAGAAAACGUUUUCCUUACAGAAACAAACUGAAUACAGCCGUACUGCAAAUGCAAGAAAGCGGAAUCCUGUCGGAAUUGAAAAAAAAAUGGUGGAAUGAAAAACGCGGCGGUGGUUCUUGCAAAGAUGAAGCAUCAGGAAGCGUAGUCAAGGAACUAAGUCUGGACAACGUGGGAGGUGUGUUUUUGGUGUUGGUCGUAGGUGUUUCAAUUUCGCUGCUAACAUCAGCGUUUACAAUGUUCAAAGACGUGUACGAUUUCUCUCGCAAAGAAAGAGUGUCUGUCAAAAAAGAGCUCAAGAAGGAACUUAAGUUUCUCAUUAAGUGUCGCGGUAACGUAAAACCAGCAAGACGCUUUCGAAAAAGAGCCUCGUCCCAGUAUAGCAGUACACGAGAUGACUCUCCGCCUUAUGGUUUCGUGCCCACAGUAAUAACUACUGCUCACUCUGAAGAGCCAUAAUCUGCCCACACACUUCUUGAAACUUUGCUAACGAAUGAAAGAUAAAUAAUUAUCGACAGUAUUAAAAAAUAAUUAAGUCAACAAAAAAUAGUUGGAAAAUCCAAACGUGCACACCUCAAUCACUCAUUAUAAUAAUUAUUAUUUUUGUUUUUAAAUCAUUAUAUACUUUUUCCUUCAGUUUAAUUUCUAUUAUUUAAAACUACACAGUAAAAAAUAUUGUGUAUUUGUGUCGAAAACGGUUUGUGUUAAAAAUUGUAGUGUCUUAAACUAACACAAAGUUUGUAUCACUUUAUUUUGUAACAUAAAAAAUGUGUUAUACACUCUUUAUUAACACAUUUUGUGUGUUACUGUGGAUUCUUUGCGCCCUCUUGUGGCGAUAUUUCAACAUAAUCUUUGUGUUAAAAAGGGGUUACACAAAUUUUGUGUCAACCAUUUUUAACACACAAACUGUGUUGAUUUUACACAACAUUUUUUACUGUGUAUUCCGCCUUAUUUUUCUUUUUCAAUUCUACUGUCACACUAGUGCUGCUGUGCCGGUUGCGUAACAACGGUUCCGUCACUCGUUAUCCGAAGACAUUAAAUCCGCAACAAAAUAUCCGAAGACAUUUUAUCCGAUAAACAAAAUAUCCCCGGACUAAAUACUCGAUAGAUAAAAGAUCCCCGACAAAAUAUCUUAUAAUAUAAAUAGUACGGUACCCUUUUACCAGAAAUGUUUAAUAUAUUUUCACAUAAAAUUUGAGUGUGAGAUAUUGAAAAUAGAUCAACACACAUGCUUGAAAUCGUACGGUGCCUUUUUUUCACAGAUUUUGGGUGGGUAUUAUUUUGGAAAUAGGUCAACACAUAUGCUUGGAAUGGUACACAGAAAAAAAAAGUUAUCUUGAGUCAAGAAAAUAUUUUUGAAGACAAGCGUUUUCGAGAACCAAGUCAAGAUUUUCUUGAGCCAAGAGAAUUUGUCUUGGUUAAAAAAAAUUCGUCUUAGUCGGAGAAGAUUUCUACUUUAUCUGAGAAAAUUUAGGUCUCCAAAAAAAUUUUCUUGAAUCAAGAAUAUUUACCUUCAGUCGAGAAUUUUUUUUUUUCUGUGUACAGUACACGUUUAUCGAAAACCAUUAAUUAUUUUUUCGCUGAAAAUAUAUUUUUCUGAAUAAGAUUUAUCAACAGGAUAUUUUGUCACGGAUUUUUUGUCUCUUGAAUAUUUAGUCCAAGGAUAUUUUGUCUAUCGGAUAAAAUAUCUUCGGAUUUCAUGUCGCAGAUUUUACGUCGCAGAUCUAUUGUCCACGGAUUACGAUUCGUGUCACACGUAACAACAUAUUCGCGACAGAAUAUCCGCAGACAAAAUAUCCGCGGAAAUAAUAUCCGAUGAAUAAAAUAUUUACGGACAGAAUAUCCUGAAAAUUGGCGUAACAAAGGGAUGAAUUCAUCGCAUCAAACUUUUCAUGGUUAAAAUAACAGUUUUUUACGGAUAUUUUGUCUACAGAUUUAUUCUAAUGGAUAUUUUGUCGCACGGAUAUUUUGUCAAUAGAUAUUUUUUUGCCAGUAGUGGGUAGAAAAAAAUAAAACUAAAAAAACUGCAGCUCAAUUUUUCGUUGAUUACCAGCUUUACCUUUUUUUUUAAUAACAAUUAAACAAAAAAGAUUUGGAUAGUGAUUUUCAAAAGGGUUCUUGCGACAAAAAAUACAAAGCUAAUAAAAAAGAAGCUGCUUUUGAAGAUUUGAGCAGGACAAUUGACAGUAAUGAUUUCUUGGAUCAAAUUAAUUUAUUUUAAAUCGACCGAAUAAUAAUAAAUGGAUUCAAUACCAGCCUGAAAUUAUUCCCAAAUAAAUUUUCUCUGUACUAAUUUACAAUUUAACCCACUUUAGUGUAACCAAAAAGGCGUAGAGAAAAAUUAGUUCCGAUCUUAAGGCACAGGCUUGAGGUGUGCAAUAAAAAAAUCUAAAAAUCUUAGGGUUUUAAAUAAAUGAUUAUGUAUCCAGCGGCUGAAAAUAAAUAAACGAAAUGAAGAUUAAUAAAAAAAUAAAGUGAAAUAUACAUGUACAUCAAGAUGCCUGGGACUGACAUACGUGCUAUCUGCAGGAAUCAAAGUGAUGCGCCUUUUACCUUUAACAGACAUACAAUCGCCGCAACUCCUCUCUCUCUUGGGCUGUACAUCGUGGUAUCGAGAAUUGAGAGCACAUUAUGCAGUGUGCACUCGUCUUUGUACCACUGUCUUUUUACUCUAUAUAUACUACUUAUUCUCAGUCUCAGUCUCAGGACUGGAUCAGAUGCUGGACUUGCCCGAGAUAUUUUUCAAACGGAUCACGGAGCACAGCGGCGCCUACGCACGGCGUGCAUAAAAUCCCCCCCAAGGCAAACGAUACGAAUCGGUUUACGUCCAAACUGUCCUUGUCUUGUCUUAUAUGCGACCGUCGACAGAUACGCGAUUCUAUACACUGUGCUACAUACUCUUCACAAACUUAUUCUGCUACUUGCGUAUGUAUGCGCUCGGGGAUUUUUAUUUUCCGGUGGACACGCGACGAGAUUUAUCUCCGUCUCUAUAUAUAUAUAUACAUAUACAUAUUUUAUAAAUAAUAUAUAAGUAUUGGCUGGUUAUUAAAGAAUUUAUUGCCGAUUAAAAAAAUAUUUUUAAAUUUAAAAACAAUAAAUUUCAUUCAUUUACUCUUUCUUUUAAACUCUUGAAAGGUACACGCGAGGGCUUAGUAAUUAUUUUUAAAUUUUUACUGCUGAUAGAGGAUCCUCGGGUAAUGAAGCAAUGAGAAUCGGCGCAUACUUGCAUAUACAUACGAGUGAUAUCAGCCAGUGAGAGGGAGAGAGAGAGUGUGAAUAACAAUUUUAGUUACAGCGUGACCAUCCACGGAUAAAGUGAUUUCAGGCGUCGUAAGAUUAGCGAGGUGAAUUCACGCAAUGCAAUGCGUGAAGGAGUAUAUAAUAGUGGUAGUUUACGGUGCAGGUUGUAUUGAGUUGAGGUGAGCUAAAGAUCUAUAGUAGAUGCGCUGUAGGUGAAGUAGUUGAGCCAGGGGUGGGGGUGAAGUUCAGCUGUAGAGAAGUUGAGCUGUAGAGAUUGUGGAGGUAAAAUUUUUAAUACCAGCCAGGAGAUGUACUGGUGUAAGCCGAUGGAGGAGGAGAAGGAAGAAAAUUUUCUUUGAGAGACGCGCGUCAGGCCGACGAGGUGUACACUUAUCGCCGAGCCGCAGAGACGCCAAACUACUAUUAUUAAAGUACGAUAAAGUUAUGUUCUAUAUGCUGGUAAUCUAACAACAAAUCUAUAUAUAUAUAUAUAUUUAUAUAUAUGUAUGGUGUUAAAGAGAAAACAGAAUCGUAUGUAAUGUAACUUAGAUUUUACUACAAAGUUAUAAAAGAUAAAAAAUUAUGAACGUGAAAUAAUCCAAGCAAUUUCCUCAACUAAUUCGUAAUAUAUAUAAAUGUAUAUGAUGAUAUAACAGAACAAAAACCAGGAAAUCUAUUUGAAUAUUUUUAAAUUAAUAAAUAAAUGAGAAAAUUGAAGAAGCGUCAAGAUUUUAUUUUAUGUAAAAAAAAAAGUAUUUUAAGUCUGGGUUUUCUUUUGAUUUAGAAAUUUUUUUUAGUAUCGAAAAAAUUGUUGUUUUUGUCAU